AUAGGGCUCAGGCAGAUAAAGUUCAGGAGGCGUGAACUACAAUCCCCGUGAUGCAUCAUACCCAAUGCAAACGCAGAGUAGACCACUACUAAGAUAACACUAGGGGGAAUCCGACGCAAUUGCGUUUAUAUCGCUACACUCUCUUGUAGGAACUCGAAGCAAAGAAAUGAUACAAAACUAUUCCUGAACUUAAUAAACCCUUACGGAGAUUUUAAAAUACAGAUAGGAAAAGGAUCAAUAAACAUUCAUCGCAUACUUUCCCCCCCCCCGCGACGGAAGGAUGGGCUGGUCGAGAAUCACAUGUUCCGAGUUUCCUGGGUGGAGCAACCGGGGAGGGAGGAGAGUUUUUAGAACUACUGUAGGACGGGAAACCGGAAGUAGCAGUGAAUGGGGUAAUGGCGAUCUUCAGUGUGUAUGUGGUGAACAAGGCCGGCGGCCUUAUCUACCAACUGGACAACUACGCGCCUCGAGCCGAGGCUGAGAAAACCUUCAGCUAUCCGCUCGACCUGUUACUUAAGCUACACGACGAGCGCGUUCUCGUUGCCUUUGGCCAACGGGACGGCAUCCGGGUGGGCCAUGCAGUUCUCUCCAUCAAUGGCGUGGACGUGAAUGGCAAGUACACUGCAGAAGGGAGGGAGGUGCUGGAAUACCUUGGCAACCCGGCCAACUACCCCGUGUCCAUCCGCUUCGGACGACCCCGCCUCACGUCCAACGAAAAGCUGAUGCUGGCUUCUAUGUUCCACUCGCUUUUUGCCAUAGGCUCCCAGCUGUCUCCAGAGCAAGGGAGUUCUGGCAUCGAGAUGCUCGAGACAGACACCUUCAAACUCCACUGCUUCCAGACACUGACAGGUAUCAAAUUUGUAGUACUGGCAGAUCCUCGACAGGGGGGGAUUGAUUCUCUUUUGCGGAAGAUUUAUGAGAUUUACUCAGACUUUGCCCUCAAGAACCCAUUCUACUCUUUGGAGAUGCCCAUCAGGUGUGAACUAUUUGACCAGAACCUGAAGCUAGCCCUGGAAGUGGCUGAGAAAGCUGGGACCUUUGGGCCAGGAUCUUAGUCUCUCCAGCAAAGACCAAAGCUUCUGACCAACCCAGCCAUUUUACUAGGGUAAAGAUCCAAAUAUCUAUGUUAGAGCACAUCAAGAAGAGUGAACUCUGAACAAGAGAAGGUGGUGCAGUACUUUUGGGAACCAACUUUUCAGAGUACCAUCUCCCCUCUUUCCUGUAUAUAAUGGUCCUACCUCUCCAAGGUUGUACAGAUCUAUUUAUGGAAGGAAGGAGACCUGAUUGAAGAUGCUGUAAUAAACAUUCCUGUGAACCCUGGGAUAACUGGUUUCCUCUGCUGGGGCUGCUAAAAAUCAUUAGCUGGCAACAAGGCAGGCUGAGGAGAAUAUUAGAAAGAAAUAAGAGGGGGGGAGAAGACAAGAGAGAAGCAACAUGGGCCAAUUGAGUGACCCAAGACCUAGUAUCUAAUCCUGAUUUUGGGACUAACCAGCUACAUAAAUUAGGUGAGAGCCUCAACUUCUGGUGAACUCAUUAACCCCCUAGACUCUAGCAUUGGAAGGGGGCUAAGAAAUCCGAUCCAACAUUCAUUUCUACAGCAUUGAAACAGAGGACCUGUUGCCUAUGGGAUGGACCAGAGGGUCAAGGAAGUCCUUUCCAAAUCACAUUCUAUAUGACUUGUAAUAUUCCUAGCCUUCUCAAAGACCUCCCUGGAGGAGGAAUUUUCUACUUUGCUAUGGUCACUCUUGGCCAGCUCUAAAUAUCAUUCCUUGUGUAGAACAGGAACAAUCCAUCCAUAGAAAGUAUAAAAGCUGAGGCAGCUGGGUAGCUCAGUGGAUUGAGAGCCAGGCCUAGAGACAGGAGGUCCUAGGUUCAAAUCUGGCC